CGGGGGCUACGUAUUUACCCCCGCUUUUCGCUCCACCCGUUACUUCUAUCCCCGUCACCAUCGCCAUUGAAUCAACCUUCGCAUGGUCGAGGUCUGCUGAACUCUACUGCCCCUCCUCCCCUUCGCUCGUCGAAUACUGUGCGCUUCAUCUAAGCCGUCUCGCUGCUGGUCGGCGAUCGCCACACGAAAAUGGGGCCUCGAUUACUGGCAAGUAGAGAAGGUUGCCGACAUGGCUUGGAAAGAGCUGCUCGAAGCUUGGUAUCGCUCGGCCCGGUUUCACAUGGGCAAGGAUCUCGGAUAUAUCGAACGCUUCUUAUCUUCGAAUGUAGCUCGUCUAGACACACCCCGUCACCAUCUCAUCACGAAGAUCAGUAUUACUUUCAAUCAGAGGGACGUAGUUUUUCUCGGAAAACCAUUGGGGGGAGACGUUACAAGGGUUCCUACGUCUCGCGCACGUAUAUUGGAACGACUAGAACACCUUUUCCUGUUGAAGCGCGGUGCCUCGAUUCAUCUUUAUGUGAUCAUAGGCUGUAGGUGGACUCGCCGUAUGAUGAUGAUAGACGCCCGAUCCCCGCGUCGCGAGAGGAAAGUUCUGCGACAGGUCACCACCGUGAUGUCCGAUGUUCUUUCGUGUCUGAGUGCUAAGGGAUACCGCCUUGCUAUGGGUAUCCAACUUUUCUCGAGACGGCCAGACAAAAGCUCACUAUUUGACUUAUGCUCGGGGAAUUUACCCCUUGAGGAAGAGGCCUAGGUACUUUGCUAACGAAGACGGUUCCUGUUUGAUAUGGCGGUAUGUUUUUGGUUUCGACCGCGAGAGAAAGACACAUGGCUGAUUGUGAUUAGGAAGCGUGUAUCAGGCACUCCCUUAAUGUUACAUUAGUAGCACAUCGAUGGCACACACUUUUCGCGUGUUACCGUGCCAAGACGCUACCGAGAUCCCUGUGCUGCUGCCUAAAUCAAAAGACCCUC